GCCAGGGAGGGAACUUUGACAAGCAGCAGCUGGCGCUUUGGUUCCUGUUUGCAUCAGCUACAAACUCUGUUGUGCCACCUCCCCUUCGCCUCCCCCAAAGCUGUGAGCAUCUCUGUCUCCUUCUCCAGCCCCAGGACUGAGGAUGGACGGGGAGCGAUACUCCAGGCAGCUGUAUGUUCUGGGCCUGCCUGCCAUGCAGAGGAUCCAGGGAGCCAGUGUCUUGCUAUCUGGUCUGCGGGGCCUAGGAGCUGAGGUGGCCAAGAACCUGGUCCUUAUGGGUGUGGGCAGCCUCACCCUACACGACCCCCAUCCCACCUGCUGGGCUGACCUGGCUGCUCAGUUUUUCCUCUCGGAGGAGAGCUUGGGAAGGAGCAGGGCUGAGGCCUCUCAAGCACCAUUGGCUCAGCUCAAUGAAGCUGUCCAGAUCUCUGUCCAUACAGGUGACAUCACUGAGGACCUGCUACUGGAUUUCCAGGUGGUGGUGUUGACUGACUCCAAGCUGGAGGAGCAGCUGAAGGUGGGAACUUUCUGCCAUAAGCAUGGAGUCUAUUUUCUGGUGGCUGAAACUCGGGGCCUUGUGGGGCGGGUGUUCUGUGACUUUGGUGAGGACUUCACUGUGGCAGACCCUACAGAGGUAGAACCCAUGACAGCUGCCAUCCAGGACAUCUCCCAGGGAUUGCCCGGCAUUGUCACUCUGAGACGAGACACCAAAAGACACUCCUUCUGUGAUGGGGACUUGGUGAUUUUCUCAGGCAUUGAAGGCAUGGUUGAGCUCAACAAUUGUUCUCCUCAGCCUGUCCGUGUGCAGAAAGAUGGGUCUUUGGAGAUUGGAGACACAAGAGCUUUCUCCCGUUACUUGCGAGGUGGGGUUGUUACUGAAGUCAAGAGACCCAAGACUAUGAGGCAUAAGUCCCUGGACACAGCUCUGAAUCAGCCCCGUGUGGUGGUCCAGAGCACUCAGGAAGCACAACGUGCUCACUGCCUACAUCAGGCCUUCCGUGCACUGCACAAGUUCCAGCAACUUCAUGGACGGCUACCCAAGCCCUGGGAUCCUGUUGAUGCAGAGACGGUGGUGCACCUGGCCCAGGACCUGGAGCCACUAAAAGGGACAAAAGAAGAGUUGUUGGAUGAGGCUCUACUUCGGAAACUUGUCCUGAGUAGUGCUGGUAGCUUAAGCCCCAUGGCAGCCAUUCUGGGAGGAGUGGCUGCCCAGGAAGUCCUGAAGGCAAUCUCCGGGAAGUUCAUGCCCCUGGACCAGUGGCUGUACUUUGAUGCCCUUGAAUGUCUUCCGGAAGAUGAGGAGCUCCUUCCCAAUCCUGAGGACUGUCAUCCGAGAAACUGCCGAUAUGAUGGGCAAACUGCUGUGUUUGGGACUGGCCUUCAGGAGAAACUGAGCUGCCAACACUACCUCUUGCAGGUGGGUGCUGGUGCCAUUGGCUGUGAAAUGCUCAAAAGUUUUGCCCUCAUGGGUCUGGGAGUCAAGGCUAAUGGAGGCGUGACUGUUGCUGACAUGGACCACAUAGAACGCUCCAACCUCAGUAGGCAGUUCCUCUUCAGGGCCCAGGACAUUGGGAAGCCCAAGGCAGAGGUGGCUGCAACAGCAGCCCAGUGUCUAAACCCAGACCUACAAGUGACCUCCUAUACCUACCCGCUGGAUCCCACCACAGAGCACAUCUUUGGUGACGACUUCUUCUCCAGGGUGGAUGGUGUUGUUGCUGCUUUGGACAGCUUCGAGGCCCGACACUAUGUCGCUGCUCGAUGCACCCACUAUCUGAAACCACUGCUGGAGGCAGGCACACAGGGAACCCGCGGGAGCGCUUCAGUGUUUGUGCCCUAUGUGACUGACGUCUACAAAGGCCCCAUGUCAGCUGCAGAUCCUGAGGGGGCUCCCCACCCUCUGUGUACUCUGAGGUACUUCCCCAGCACAGUCGAGCACAUCCUGCAGUGGGUCCGAGAUGAAUUUGAGGGACUCUUCAGCCGAUCUGCAGAGACCAUCAACUGUUACCGAGAGACACGUACUUCCCUGUCGGGCAUGGAUAGGACGCAAACAUCAAUCUUACUGCAGCAAGUGAUGGGUGUCCUAAAAAUGCGCCCACAAACCUGGCAAGACUGUGUGGUGUGGGCUCUAGGCCACUGGCAGCUAUGCUUCCAUGAUGGCAUUGUAGACCUGCUGAGACACUUCCCAUCUGAUAAAGUACUUGAGGAUGGAACUCUGUUCUGGUCAGGAUCCAAAAGGUGUCCACAGCCCUUGCAAUUUGACCCCAACCAAGACAUGCAUUUCCUCUACGUGCUGUCAGCUGCCAACCUGUAUGCACAAAUGCAUGGGCUGCCUGGCUCGAGAGACCAGACUGCACUCAAGGAACUGCUGCAGCUGCUGCCAGAGCCUGCUUCCAUGCACUGGAACCUCAGCUCUGAUGGUGCUUUUAGUGCUGCUGAGUUUGGCCCGGAGCAGCUGAAGGAACUGCAGGAACUUCUGGGAGACUGGAGCAAAGGCCCUCCGCUGAAGCCUGUGUUGUUUGGGAAGGAUGAUGACAGCACCUUCCAUGUGGACUUUGUGGUAGCAGCGGCUGACCUUAGAGCUCAGAACUAAGGGAUCUUACCAGUCAACCACGCUCAGAUCAAGCAAAUUGUGGGCCAGAUCAUCCCAGCCAUCGCCACCAGUACAGCGGUUGUGGCAGGCUUAUUGGGCCUGGAGCUGUAUAAGGUGGUUAGUGGGCCACAGCCCCUUGGUACCUUUCGUCAAAGCUAUCUGCACCUGGCUGAAAACUACUUCAUGCGAUCAGUGCCUGCUGCCCCAGCCCUCCAAUUGAUACGAGUACAGCAAGGUCUGGGCAACCCUGGUGUGUGAACAUGGAGGGAUCAAGUUUACACAUCUGUGUGCCAGAUGGGACAGCAAGGAUCUUCCUCAGUGUGAACAUUCAUGGGUGUGCGUGUGGACACAUGUGAGGGUGUUGUUGGUUUUGUUUGUGUGGGUGUUCCUAUGAAGGCAGGAUAGCAACGCUUCCAAUUGUGCGCCCAGGCUCUGCCCCAGCUGGCAUUUCCCCGAGGAACAGGAAAGGAGGUAGAAGGAAGCCCUCACCAGGGAAAGGACAGAGGUCACUAGCUAGCCUAGGGUCCCUCUGGACAAGCACACAGAGUGCUUUUGUGAGGUGCCCCACUGUUAACCAGCACAGAGACUGCCUUUGUCCAUGGAAUGGGGGUGGGUAGGAGCCCAUCUCGCCUCUAGCCUAGUCUCAGCUUGACCCCGUAUGUUUUGUGAGGGUAGGAAGGGACCCUUUGCCCUGGGCUCUGGAUGUCUGCUCCAUCUCUCCUCAGCUAUAGAUGCCAGGACUCUUCAACUGGGAAAAAGAUAUCUCUGGGUCGGUAGGGUUACGCUGUCACUGUGUCUUUGGUUUUCGCAUGCCCAUGAGCAGUCAAAGCCCUGUAUGUAAGGACUGGGGAGUAGCAUGAGCUGUGUCCUCCAGCUCCCAGCCUCCGCUUUGAGGAGCAAGCAGCUUUAUCGGAGACUGCAGCAGACCAGCUCCAGUUUCCUCAGGAAGCCCCCCCCAACUGGCCUGUGUGAUGGGUGUCUGUUUCCCUGUCCAGGGCCCCAUAGCUCCAUUUCCUGUGCUGGCCCCAGCCUGGGUGGGGAGGGGGCUGAGACUCUGGGCCCAGAUCCCACCUUCCACCCCCCCCUCCUGGCUCUGACUUCCUGCCUCUACAGCAGCUCCUCCUCUAGGAAAAGCUGCUGGUAACUGGGCCAGGGGUUACAGAUUUGUGUGAGAAAUCUCUAAUUGCUCCUCGCUUCCACCCAUAGUUUCAUAGCCUGAAGUGGACCUGUUGGGACCGCCUGACCGUGCCUGCUGGGCAGCCUGAGAGAACGCUGGAAUCGCUGCUGGCUCAUCUCCAGGAAGAACAUGAGCUGAAGGUGAAGAUGCUGCUGUAUGGUCAGGCCGUACUCUAUUCCGCCCAAUGGCCACUUGGAAAGCAGGCUCGGUGCCUGUGCCUCAGGGUGACAGAACUGGUUCAGCAAGUGACCGGCCAGGAGCCUGAGCCUGGGCUGCGGGCACUGGUGCUGGAGCUGAGCUGUGAGGGUGAGGAGGACGAAACUGCAUUUCCACCUCUGCAUUAUGAGCUGCGGCAAGGUAGCUACCACGCUACCACUCGGUCGUAACGAACCCGACAUAAAAUCCCUGCAUCUUGAGCCUACAGCAGAGACUUUCACAAUAAAAACUUGUUGAAGAGA